GUAGCGACCAUCUUGUUUAUCUGUCGUCGCAUGUUAUAUCUUGUAUGUGACCGCGUAAGCGUGCGGUCGUGUAUCUGAUCUCUUGCGCUUUCUAACGUGAAUAAUCCGUGAUAGUAAAUAUACUGAGUUUAUCAAAGUUCGUGUUACAUCCUUCUCCUGACCCAUCUACUGUUUUCUCCCUCUGCUACUUGCUCGUCCUGACUCUACGAUUCACUACGUUAAUUCUUAGAUCCUUUCGUUCUUACACGCGGAUCACCGUCUACGGCAACGUGACUUAAGAAUUUGUAGUCAUCAUACAAAUCUUACACUAUUGACAGCGCCGAGUAAAAGUGGGCGUGGUUUGGUCGAACUGAGCAGUGAGCACCAUGCUAUCCUUUCCAAUUUCAUCAUGAGAUCCUCUCUGCCGGCAGCAGCUGCUCUCACGCUCAGUGUUCACUCGCUUAUUACCGUUAUAGUUUAAUUAGUUAUACGUUGUAUUUCUCAUUUAAUUAAUGCAGAUAUACUUCGAAAGCAUUAGAUUCUGCCCGUCUUAACUCUCGACAGAGAGUAGGCGCUAUAUAAAAAAGAAGAAGAAGGAUUCUCUCUGUCGUAACAUCGAGUCAAGUCCUCCUAAUCUCCUAAGUCCAUGGAGAAGUCGCAAAAGAUGCCGAAGGUAGCGAAGGUGAAGAACAAGGCGCCCGCGGAAAUACAGAUCACCGCGGAGCAGUUGCUGCGCGAGGCGAAAGAGCGCGAUCUGGAGAUCCUGCCGCCACCGCCGAAACAGAAGAUCUCGGAUCCGCACGAGUUUGCAGACUACCAGCACCGCAAGCGCAAGGCGUUCGAGGACAUCAUUCGCAAGAAUCGCAUGAUUAUCACGAACUGGAUGAAGUACGCGCAAUGGGAGGAGAGCCAGAGGCAGAUACAGCGCGCAAGAUCCAUCUACGAGCGGGCAGUCGAGGUUGACCAUCAUAACAUCGCACUAUGGCUCAAGUACACGGAGAUGGAGAUUCGCAAUCGGCAGAUGAAUCACGCGAGGAAUCUCUGGGACCGGGCGGUCACCAUGCUGCCGCACGUCAAUCAGUUCUGGUACAAGUACACCUACAUGGAGGAGACCCUGGAGAACAUCGCCGGGACACGCCAGAUAUUCGAACGGUGGAUGGAGUGGGAGCCGGAGGAGCAGGCCUGGCAGACGUACAUCAAGUUCGAGCUGCGCUACAAGGAGAUUGACCGGGCGCGGCAGAUCUACGAGCGCUUUGUCAUAGUGCACUCCGAUGUAAAGCACUGGAUAAAGUACGCCCGCUUCGAGGAGUCGUACGGUUUCGUCAAGGACACGCGCGCCGUGUACGAGCGCGCCGUCGAAUUCUACAGCGACAAGGGCCUGGACGAGAAGCUGUUCCUGGCGUUUGCGAAAUUCGAGGAGAGCCAGCGUGAGCACGACCGGGCCCGCAUCAUCUACAAGUACGCGUUGGAGAACAUACCGAACAGCAACACGCAGGAGAUCUACAAGGCGUACACGAUUCACGAGAAGAAGUACGGCGACCACUUGGACAUCGAGGACGUGAUAGUCAGCAACCGAAAGCAUCAGUACGAGCAGGAGAUCAAGGAGAAUCCCUCAAAUUACGACGCGUGGUUCGACUACCUGAGACUGGUGGAGUCGGAGGGUAACGUCGACAUGAUGCGCGAGACGUACGAGCGUGCGAUCGCUAAUGUGCCGCCCACCAAGGAGAAACAGUUUUGGCGAAGGUACAUAUACCUGUGGAUCAAGUACGCCCUCUUUGAGGAGCUGGAGGCCAAGAACGUCGAAAGGUGCCGGCAGGUGUACAAGGUCUGCCUGGAGCUGAUACCGCACAAGCGUUUCACUUUCUCCAAGAUUUGGCUGCUUUACGCGUACUUCGAGAUACGGCAGAAGAACCUGCUCAAGGCAAGAAAGACGCUGGGCCUGGCGCUGGGCAUCUGCCCGACGAACAAGCUUUAUCGCGGCUACAUAGACCUCGAGAUACAGCUGGUGGAGUUCGACCGAUGUCGCAAGCUGUACGAGAAGUUCCUUGAGUUCGGGCCGGAGAACUGCACCACGUGGAUGCGAUUCGCCGAGCUGGAGACGCGAUUGGGCGAGAUCGACCGCGCUCGGUCGAUAUACGAGUUUGCCGUCACGCGGCCGUGGCUGGACAUGCCGGAGCUGCUGUGGAAGUCGUACAUCGACUUUGAGAUCGUCCAGGGCGAGACCGAGAACGCCCGGCAGCUGUUCGAGCGGCUGCUGGAGCGCACGUUGCACGUCAAGGUUUGGAUAGCGUACGCAAAGUUUGAGCUGCUGAAUCCGCAACUGGAGGACAGUACCGAAAAUGUCAUCCUGGCGAGACGCAUCUUCGAGCGCGGCAACGAUGCCCUGAGAUCCAACGGCGACAUCGAGAGCCGGGUGUUAUUGUUGGAAGCGUGGAAAGACUUCGAGAGUGAGAAAGGCAUCCCGGAGACUCUCGCCAAGAUCGUGGAGAAGAUGCCGCGCAGGGUGAAGAAGAAGAGGCGCGCCGUGGACAAAGACGGCAGCGACGACGGCUGGGAGGAGGUAUUUGACUUCGUGUUUCCGGAAGACGAGUCGCAGCGGCCGAACCUCGAGUUCUUGGCUUCCGCGAAGGCGUGGAAAAAACAAAGCGAGCAAUCUCAAUCCUGAGAUAAUUAAAUUUCAUAAAAAAGAGUGAGAUUUAGCAUGUAGUAGUUAGAGGAUUUGAGACUGUAAGAAAAUUCUCUAAAAGUUCGUGACUGUAAAAAUCGCGCAUAUUUUAUAUUACUGUGGAUUAAUGACUUGACAAAGUGGACUGAGUACUUUCACAUACGUAUAAACUGGGAUAUUUUGCUAUCGUGAGAAAUAUUUGUUUAUACAAUACGUUUUAUGUAUGUAAAUAGCUUGUAUAAAAUUCUCAUUAUUAUAAUUUACAAUAAUAAAUAGGUAAAAUGUGUAUACUGUUUGAUGAUUGAUUUGAUUUCGUUACUAUUUUAGUUAAAUAAAAUGCUAUUUUACAUUCUCUGUAAAAUUAAAAUUUAAUUAAUUUAAAGGUUAAAGGUACAAUAGUAUAGCACACGAAAUAGAACAAAUACUAAGUGCAAUUUCAUUAACAGAUAAUACGAGAAAUUGUGUUACAAUUCACACAAAUGGAAUCUCUGGCAUUAUCAAUAUACGGCGCGUAAACUGAUUUUACCGUUUACCCAUAGAUGGAUAAUUACAUUUAGUAUAAUUGAUUAGAUUUAUAUUACAAAACAUUUUGCAUAGAUAUGAAAUUAAAUUUACAAUAAAUAAUAAUACGAGGUAAUAUUAAUCUCUGUGAAUUUAGCACCUCAUUUUUUAAAAAAUAAAUUUUUCGAUA